AGAGUCGGACUUCCUAUCGUUGGUUGUAAGGGGGCCGUGGACUGAAGCGGAAGCUCAGACAGAGUGUUGUCCUUCCUUCUGCCAGACUCUCAGGAUGAGGAUCGGUCGCAGUUUGUCUGUAUGUCUCUGAUCAUAUCACACCAGCAGCUCCUCUCCCACCGCCCGAAUGCAGAUUAAUAGGCAUGCCAAAGGAAAAAUAUGAUCCUCCAGACCCACGCAGAUUAUAUACCAUCAUGUCAGCAGAGGAAGCAGCCAGUGGGAAGAAGUCACACUGGACCGAGUUGGAGAUUUCUGGGCGGGUCAGAAGUCUCAGCAGCUCACUAUGGACGCUGACCCAUCUGACUGCUCUCCACAUCAACAACAACAACCUUAGCCGGAUUCCUCCUGAAAUCUCAAAGCUACCCCAUCUCGUCUACCUAAACCUGUCCUCCAACAAACUGCGCAGCUUGCCAGCAGAACUCGGCAACAUGGUGACUCUCAGGGAAUUGCUUUUGAACAACAACUGUUUACGAGUUUUGCCUUAUGAACUUGGCCGGCUUUUCCAGUUGCAAACACUUGGCCUCAAAGGUAAUCCAUUGUCCCAGGAUAUACUCAACCUGUAUCAGGAGCCUGAUGGAACAAGGAAAUUAUUGAAUUACAUGCUUGACAAUCUUGCAGUCCACCCAGAACAACUCCCCCAAAGGCCUUGGAUCACUUUGAGGGAGCAAGACCAAAUGAUGCCCACAGCUGUGUUCACAGUAAUGUGUUACAACGUACUGAGCGACAAGUAUGCAACAAGACAGUUGUACGGCUACUGUCCCUCAUGGGCCCUUAACUGGGAGUACAGGAAGAAAGGCAUCAUGGAGGAGAUCACGAACUGUGAUGCUGACAUCAUCAGCCUGCAGGAGGUGGAAACAGAGCAGUACUACACUUUCUUUCUGGAAACACUGAAAGAGCGUGGAUAUGAUGGCUUUUUCUGUCCAAAGUCUCGUGCCAAACUCAUGUCAGAACAGGAGCGGAAACAUGUGGAUGGCUGUGCUGUGUUCUUCAAGACUGAGAAAUUUACUCUGGUGCAGAAACACACAGUGGAGUUCAAUCAGGUUGCCAUGGCAAACUCGGAGGGCUCGGAGGUUAUGCUAAACAGAGUCAUGACCAAAGAUAACAUCGGAGUAGCUGUCCUGUUGGAGGUGAAGAAAGACUUGUUUGCUAGUGGUUUAAAGCAGCCUGCAGAGAAACCGUUCUUGCUGGUAGCUAAUGCCCACAUGCACUGGGAUCCAGAGUUCUCAGAUGUGAAGCUCAUCCAGACCAUGAUGUUCCUGUCUGAGCUAAAGAGCAUCACUGAGAGGGCAUCGGGCUCCAUCAACUCUGCAUCACCCACGUCAGACACCAGCACCAUCCCUAUAGUCCUGUGCGCUGACCUCAACUCCCUCCCAGACUCUGGUGUGGUGGAGUAUCUAAGUAAUGGUGGAGUUGCAGAAAAUCACAAAGACUUUAAGGAACUGCGUUACAGCGAUUGCUUAACCAACUUCAGUUGCAACGGCAAGCCCGAUGGCAGUAUCACGCACAGUUUCCAGCUGAAGAGUGCCUACGAGGGGAAUCUCAUGCCCUACACCAACUACACUUAUGACUUCAAGGGCGUGAUUGACUACAUCAUCUUCUCUAAGACACAGAUGCGUGUUCUGGGCGUUCUGGGUCCACUGGAGACUCAGUGGCUGAAGGACAACAACAUAACCGGCUGCCCCCACCCGCACAUCCCCUCCGAUCACUUUUCCCUUCUGGCUCAGCUGGAGUACCACCCGCCUUUACCCCCCCUCAACGGGCUGCAUCUGCCUGUCCACAGGUAGUGCAGGCCCCUUCCCCAAACCAUGGACGAAUGAUGAGCUCCUACAAAUAUAGGCACACACAUUAAGGAGUGAAGUACUCACCUACUUUGUUCCUUUUUUAACCUUUGCACACGAUUAUAUGAUCUUAUUACGUUUUCCAACAUGAAAACAAAAGCUUAAUACCAAAUUAGGGUUGGGAUUCUCUGUUUGGUACCAAACAAACGCUGCUUUCAGGGAAAUCGAUCUGUUUGUCUGAGUCUAAAUGUGAGAUUGUGUAAGCCAUGUGUCAAUAUUUGGAUGGUAGAAAUGUGUAACUUAAGCGAA